CCCAGUUGCCAUCCCUACCCUCUUGGCUGUCCCCUCCCCCAAGGCAGGGCCCAAACUCUUCCAGACAAAGCCAGGGCUAGCUGGAGAGAGUGAAGACGGCCCACUCUGCCCAGCCUGGCUGACUGAGGGGCACAGGGCACCACAGAGUCCAGGGCAGGCGGGGGUCACGGUUGGCACCUGCUGCUCCUUGGCCCUCCCGUGGACAGUUAAGACGACCUUUCGACCCAGCUCGGGACUGCUGAGCGCUGGCUCUAAGGAGCCAUGAGCACACAGGGUCCCAGCCCCCUGGCCUUCCUCACAGCUCCUGUCACUCCCGGCAGCAGCACAGAGGCAGCAGACCCCCUCCCCAUGCUCAUCGCCCUUGCCUGCAUCUUCCUCCUGCUGGCCAGCUGUUUGCUGUUCAUGACCCUCUGCAAACCGGCAGCGCUGGACCCAACGCAGCGCCGGGCUCGGGAGUGCAUGCCCCACCACCCUGGGAGCCCCAGCGAGCCCCAGCUCCGGCUCUGGAAGCGCCUGGGCUCUCUGCGCCGCUCCCUGCACAGCUUCCGAAGGGGCAGGCCUGCUCCCCGACGCCCCCUGCCGGGCUGUGAUGACAGCCGGGACUGUGACUGCACGGAAUCCACCAAAAUGUGACAGGGUGGCCCUGCCCUCCAGGACCCACACGGGACCCACCCUCGGACCCUCCUGUCUUGGACAGAGCCUGGAAUCAGGGGCUGCAGAGGACGUGGGACACACAUUCAGCCCCAGUGGUCCCCUGUGUCCCUGGGCCCAUGGCCUUUCCCAGAGACUGCCCUAGGAGGAAUACAGGCUUCUCUACAGACCCUUCAGCUACUGCCUGCUAAAAGACCGCUAGGCUGACUGGGGGGCCAGACGGUACAGCCUGCGGCCCCUGGUACCCUCCCCUCUGGCUCCCAGACACCGACAGAAGUCCUGCUCACCCUCCAGGUGCCAAAGCCAAGUGUGGAUUCCAGUGGGAGUUGCUAAAUGGCCAAGGGUUCCCUCCAGGCAAGCAAAAUACUCAGCCCACAUGGCGGGCAAGGUACCGUUUUUCUCUCUGUACCAACUCAGUGCCCUAGGCAAGAUGAAAGCCUGGGGUUUCUCUCCUUGGAAUUCCUGCGCCCUACCAGUAUUCACCUGACAUCCCCGGGAGCUGCCAGCUGCCUUGUGGUGGGUGAGAUCCCCAGUGCCCACUGGGAGGAGAGCAAGCAGGAGGCUCUCAACAAUACCCAGCUGGUAACCAUCUUGGCAGCCAUCUUGGUGGCCCCACCCACCUUGCAGGUGCUGACAUUACUAUGGACCAGGAAGGGGCUGAGAAUGGGUUAAGGAGCUCCUUGAGAGCCAGGACCUGUGCUAUCAGAGUGGUGGGAAGCAAUGUCAGGAGCUAGAAGUGAUGCCAGCUGGACUCUGAGAACAUGUCAUAGUGCUCCUGCCUCACUCGGGGGCAGAGACAUCUCCCUUUGGGGUAGGAGGGUCCAGACCUCUCCAGGACAGCACCUCAGGUCUGGAGCACACUAGGUCUGCUCUCUUUGAGUUUUUGGCAAUUGCGUCAUUGACUGGCUACCUGUCAAAGCAAAAUCACUCUGGAGUGGAUGUCUCAGCAUUCCAAAACCUCAAAUUCUCCCCACGGGGCCAUGCCUGGACACUCUGACUCCCAGAUUUGGAGAAUGGACAGAGGGGUUCUGAGCUGCCUACCUCCUGCUCCAGAGAGUCAGCUGGCCAGGGCCACCUGGUGCCCCGCCAUGGGCUGCCCCAGCUCCCCCGUGCUUUGUUCGACUCACGGUGCAGUCAGCUGGGUCUUCUCCAAGACUGAGCUCCAGUUUUACCCCUUGCUCCCAGUGGUUCCAGCUCCAGAACCAUCCCUGGUUUCCAACUGCUGGCUAGAGAAAGCCAGAGCUCCCUAGUCUGACAUUCAGUGCCUUCUGGGAGCUGGCUCUGAACUAUCUUUCCAACCUCACCUUGACCCAAGACUCCAGAAGUUCUGAACAACCUACCCUCCCCAGGCUGUGGCUUACGCUGCACAAGGCACCCUCUCUGUGAGGCCAUCUUUGGUCUCCAGCCAAAAGCCACCUCCUGCCUGGAACCCUUCCCAUCUCUCAGAGGGACAGCAGGGAUCGCUUCUACUCAACAGUGUGGGCAACCCAGGUCUAUGUCUCCUCCUUCCUAGGUUCUGGGAGUUUGCAGAGAGCGGGACCCCCUCCACCCUCUCACAUCACCAGCUCCAGGCACAGAAGUACGAACAACGUCUCUAUUUCCUGAGUGAAGGGUGGGCCAGCUGGGUGUGUCCCCACCCCUCAAAGCUUAAGGAGUCUUGCAGGGGGAAUCUUUAUCCUUCACAUGCCCCUAAACAGAAGCUCCGUCUCCAAGCAUGCUGGUGAGGCCCACUGUACCUUCACAAAGAGUGAGGCCGCCUCUGCCAGAAACUUCCAGGGCCUUGAAGAAGUCACUAAUGCCUGAUUUCUCCCUUAGGCACGGGGAGACUGGGAGCUGCCCUGUCUCACUCCUGAGCUCUAGGACUUCAGGCUGUGUCGUGUUGUGUAAAUAGAAACUAAUUCUUCAGGGUUAGAAAGUGGGGCAGGCCUCCUUCCACGGGCGUUCGUUACCCUCUCCCCUUCAGCUUGUUACCCUCAGCCUGGUUCCCUUCCCAGAGCCUCCCUGACACACCCCAGGAUGAACUGGGCCUAGAGUCACCGGCCCAACACUAGGUGCUUUCUUCCUGGAGG